AUGUUGGACUUUGCUGUUCUCGUUUCUCCAACACCGCAACACCGCGACACCACAACACCACGAACACGCACCAGCGACAGCGACAUGUUCUUUGCCACGAAAAAGAACACUGUCUUCAAGGAUACUGGCGUCAAUGGCACGGCAUCAAUCGCUGAACAGGCGGCCGUUGCAUUGUCAGGUUCUCAGCAAAGCUCCAAGGUUCACGAUGCCGCGCAACUUUGCGGCAACAGCGACACCAUCAGCACCGCAAACACGGCGACCAUGAAUGGCAGACGAAAGCUCGACGAUUCGCACCUCCAUCGUCCCAAGUCUAGCAGCGGGGUCAUGCCCAACACCGCGACUGCCGGUAUCCUACACCGAGAGCUAGACACAGAGGACCUCCAGGUUACGGGCGAGCCCGAGCAGUCGCAUCGGCCUCGAAGUCUCAACGCUUCGACUGGAUAG